AGCUUUAAAUACAAUAGAAAACUCAGUACUCGAAAUCGAAACCCUACUCUCUGCUUCUUCUUCUUCCCGCCCGCGUUUUUUCUCCGUCUCAAACUUUCUUCCGAUCAUGGAGACGCCUUCUCUCGACCAAGAAAUGGCAAAGAAAGUGAUUCGUCAGGUCGAGUUCUAUUUCAGUGACAGUAAUCUUCCUAGAGAUUGUUUUCUUAUGAAAAAUAUUAACGAAAGCCCUGAUGGAAUGGUCAAUUUGUCUUUAAUCUGUACGUUUUCUCGGAUGAGAAGCCAUCUCGAAUUGAAACACGAGACUAGACCAGAUGAGAUUCCAGAAGAUAUUAUCAAGGCGGUUGGUGAAACUCUAAGAAGCUCUUCGACUGUUAAAGUUUCUGAAGAUGGGAAGAAGGUUGGUAGAGCUACUGAACUCCCAAAGCCUGAGGAGUUGAUAGAACAAUUGGAUGAUAGAACCGUAGCUGCAUCACCAUUCCCAUAUGAUGUCAAGCUUGAAGAUGUUCAUGCUUUCUUUGAUCGAGUUGCAAAGGUCAACAGCGUGAGGCUGCCCCGUCAUGUUGCAGAUAAGCGGGUAUUCUGUGGAACUGCCUUGGUAGAAUUUUCUACUGAGGAAGAUGCAGAAAAAGUUUUGAAGGAAAGCUUGGUUUAUGCUGGUGCCAAGUUAGAAUUGAAACCAAAGAGGGAUUUUGAUGAGGAGAGAACAAAAGAGACGGAGAAGUUUGAAAGUUCACGCUCAACCUCGGGUGCAAACCGCAAUAAUAGUUCCCCUGAAUCAAGCUACCCUAAAGGCUUAAUUGUCGCCUUUACAUUGAAAAGCAUGUCAUCUGUAAGUUCUGCUGAGGAAAAUGGAUCUCAUGGUGUAGACGCUGCUGAUAACACUGUAAGUUCUGCUGAGGAAAAUGGAUCUCAUGGUGUAGAUGCUGCUGCUGAUAACACUGAAUGCAAAACAGAUGAAGCAAAUAAUGACUCUGAGAAUGACUCUGAGAAAUCUGAUAAAAUAGUGCUGACGAUAAGAGUGGAGGAGGCAAAUAUGAGUAAAGAUGAAGAAAUUAUGAAAAGUGCUGAUGAUAAGAAUGGAGAGGCUGAAGAGAAAAAUGACUCGGGCAAUGAAGAAAGACCUGAAGUAGAACAGUGUAAGGAUGAUCCCAUUGACGAACAUGAAGAGGCUGAAGAAAAACCCCCAGCUGCUAAAUCCAAGAACAAUAUGAAUGUGGUUUCACGUGAGGAUUUGAAGGCUGUUUUUCAGAAGUUUGGGAGUGUCAAGUUCAUUGAUUUCAAGAUUGGAGACGAAUCAGGCUAUAUCAGGUUUGAGGAGCCUGAAGCUGCCCAGAAAGCUCGUGCUACUGCAUUACUAGCUGACCAAGGGGGACUGGCUGUGAAGAAUUUUAUAGCCACUUUAGAACCAGUGUCAGGUGAGGCUGAGAAGGAGUAUUGGAGUCUACUCCGCAGCAACCAAGAGAAGCAUCAUCGCGACUUUAAGGGACACCGUGGAAGGGGCGGUAAAUUCAAUCGAGGUGGAAAGCACGGUCGGUCGAGGGGGCAUGACAACCAUCGAGGUCGCCCAGACAAAGCUCAAAAGGUUUGAGCCUACUUGAAGCUUGAAAAGCUUGUUUCUUUAUGGUCGGCUCUGCUACAAUUUUGCUGCAAGACAUUUUGGAGGGGGAAGUACUUCGCAUCUGGAUCUACUGAUCUUUUUACUCAUCCUCAUGUU